AUGGGCCCCUGUACCGCCUCCUCAUGCUGCUGCCAGGCCCGUAAUCUGCCAUGGGCCCCCCGUACUGACUCCUCAUGCUGCUGCCAGGCCCGUAAUCUGUCAUGGGCCCCUGUACCACCUCCUCAUGCUGCUGCCAGGUCCAGAGUGUGUCAUGGGUCCCUGUACGGCCUCCCAUUGCUGCUGUCUCCAUCGCCACACUCUGCCAUGUGCCACUUUCAGGUCUCCUCACACUGCUGGUGGGUUCCAUUUUGUCAUAGGGUGCUGUAUGGCCUCCCAUUGCUGCUGCCUCCACCGCCACACUGUGGCUCCACACUCUGGUUUUGGCCCCGUGACUGCCCAAAUGAGUGAAGUGUGCGGUGAUUCUAAGAUCGACGGCACUCAUCUGCAUGUCAAACUGACUGACAGUAUUAUUUCUCUUCCCAGCAGACUCCAAGGGCAUUUAAAUUAAAGGUACAGUGUUCUGCACUAAUAUAA